CCCUUUUGGAGAAUGAAUGAAGGAUGAGUUUUAUUUUAAAAAAUAUAUAUAAAAAAAAAGAAAAUCUAGCGUGUCUUCAACGCUAUAAUACUGCUAUCUAAACCUUAUCCUUCCUUCACCGCCCCCUAACCUUGUGUAGCUAUCUCCUAACCCUAACCCUAACCCUAACCCUAACCCUAACCCUAACCGCCAUUCAUUCGUUCUGUAUCUGCGAUGUUUGACUCGUGGAGUUUGCGUCAAUUUGCCAUUGCUGCUGAAAAAAUUCCUUCAUACGAUUUGUCCAAAAUGGGACUUGAUUGGCUGCUUGUGGGAAUUAAAGUUUAUCAGGUGACAUAUGAUGAGGAUUUUAGAGUAAUAGAUCGUCGCGUUGAGAUCUCGUUUAAGCAAGACGUGUCUUUUAGCGAGUUACAAUCCGAUCAUUCAUUCUUCUCUCGAUUCCUUCGUGCGAAUGGAGUUCCAGAGAACGCGGAUAUGAUGGAAGAGUUGAUCUCUGUUUCUAGAGAUGUUAUUCGUUGUACCAGAGGAAAUCGCAAAUGGGUUUUCUUUGACCCCGUACAAGCAAUGGUUUUGCACGUCCGUUACGUCAACCACUCAUCGUCUACAUCAGCACUGAACAGGGCUUUGGAGGAAUCCAUUCAAGUUGUCCCCAAAACACUGCCAGCAAGUAAAGAAUCAAUCUCUGCGUUGGAGAAGAUGGUGAUAGAUCCGAUGGAAAUAGAUGAUGGUUCUUUUUCAGUGAAUGAUGAGUGCAUGAUUUGCUUACUGAAGUUUCAUCUGGGAGUAGAAGUGGUCACUCGAAUGCCAUGCUGCCAUAUGUACCACGGAGAGUGCAUUGUUCCUUGGCUGCAGGCAAAUCAUUCUUGUCCGGUAUGUCGAUUCGAAAUUCCAGUUUGAAGAAAGAUUAGAUUCUCUCUUUUUUUUUUUUUUUUUUUUUUUCCACUCUUCAUAGAUGGAAGAGAUGCAUUAAGUGUAACAGAAUUCAAUUUGUUAAUGAAAUGUAUAUAUUCUUUCACUUUUA